AUGGCUCAGCAACGCGAUCAAGCUGUCCCCGCGCCUGGCGGACCACACGCCGUCAGUCUGAAAGUGCUCCGCCUCUCGCGACCAUCACUAGCGUCGCAAACACCUCUUCCGCCCACUAACUUCGGCCAUGGCAUUGACAUUCCGCCUGAAGCUUCCGUAGCAUACCCAGGUUCGUCUACCAAGGAGCCUUCAACCUUUCCGCUCGUGCCACUCCUGACCCUCCCUUCCGCCUUCGGCGCCGCAUAUGUAGGCGAAACAUUCGCCUGCACGUUAUGCGUCAACAAUGAGAUCCAGCACAUCGAAAAGCGGAGCGUUAGUGGCGUGAGAGUAACUGCAGAACUACAAACUCCUAACGAUCCAUCUGGCACGCAUCUCGAACUCACCAAAGCGGACAAUGCCGAGGAAGGUGACGGUGAGCUCCCACUAGCAACGACGCUGCAGCGCACACUAGCGCACGAGCUGAAGGAGGAAGGCUCGCACGUCCUCGCCGUAACAGUCUCGUAUACGGAGACGCUUCGCGGUGAUGACGGUGGUGCGAGUGGAGGCCGGGCGAGGAGUUUUAGAAAGUUGUAUCAGUUCGUUGCGCAGCACUUGAUUGCUGUUAGGAGUAAGGCUACCGAGCGGAAGCGGAGGGAGAAGGCAGGGGGCCGGCAGUGGGUCUUGGAGGCGCAAUUGGAAAAUGUGGGUGAGAUGGCCGCGGUGCUGGAGAAGGUGUGGCUUGAUGGGAAGGAGGGCAUUGCCAGUCGGGCUGUCAAUGGUGGGGAGGAGAUGGAGGCUGUGGUGUUGAAGCCGAGGGAUAUCGAGCAGGUCAUGUUCUUGCUCGAGGAAGAUGGAGGAGUAGGGAAGGUGGAGGAUGGCACUGUUGCCGGCCGUUUGCCGUUGGCGAAGCUUAAUAUUGAAUGGCGAACGGGUAUGGGAGAGCGUGGCAGUCUUACUACGGCUUGGUUGGCUGCUAGAGGGCGAUGA